AUGAAGCAGACCCAGCCAAGUCUGCCUGGCAACCUAGGCGAUGAUGUGCAUUUUGAGAGACCUAGCAUUUCCACGACGCUUGCUACCUCCAAUGGUUCAACGACGCAACUCGCAUCUACCCAGGCAGUCGAGAAUAUCAAAAAAGUUCUUCAGGGGGUAUCGACCAAUUCCAAAUGCAUCUCGUCCUUGUUAUCAACUCUGGGAAACCCGAUAGAAUCCUGCGCAAGACAGCUCUCUCCGUAG